AUGUCGGAAGGACUAACUGUUGGCAUCGAUUUGGGAACAUCAUACUCAUGUGUUGGCGUUUGGAAUAACGACCGAGUCGACAUCAUUGCAAAUGACCAGGGCAAUCGCACAACUCCUUCAUUCGUCACUUUCACUGACAAAGAAAGGUUUAUCGGUGAUGCGGCAAAAAACCUCAUCGCGAUUAACACUUAUAGUACUGUCUUUAGUACUAAAUGUCUCAUUGGUCGUAAUUUUUACGAUAAAGAUGUUCAAAGAUAUAUUAAGCAUUGGCCAUUCAAAACUUUCAACACGAAUGGAAGGCCAUUUGUGCAAGUCGAUUAUAAAGGUGAGGAAAGAAAUUUUACAACCGAAGAAAUUCUUUCAAUGAUACUGAUAAAGAUUAAGGAGUUUGCAGAAGAUUCCCUUUGUAAAAAAGUUAAAAGUGCAGUGAUUACGUCACCGGCUUACUUCAAUGCCUCACAACGUCAAGCUUUAAAAGAUGCCGGUACGAUCGCCGGUUUGCAUGUGCUUCGUAUCAUUAGUGAUCCGAGCGCAGCAGCCAUUGCAUAUUAUGGAUUGGAUAAGAAAAUUGUCGGUGAACAAAAUGUUCUCAUCUUAGAUUUUGGUGGUGGUACUUUUGAAGCCACUCUCUUAACUAUCAAAGAUGGAAUUUUCGAAGUGAAAGCCACGGCUUGUGACACACACCUUGGCGGUGAAUAUUUCGACUAUCGACUUGUAGAUUAUUUCGUUCAAGAAUUUGAGCGUAAUUAUAAGAGUGAUCUUUCAAAAGAUGCUCGUGCUCUCUGUCGGUUAAAAAAUGCCUGUGAACGUGCAAAACGUUCACUUUCAACAUCAAAAAAGACUUUCAUCAGUAUCGAUUCUCUUUUCGAAGAUAUCGAUUUUCAUUCUUCUUUAACUCGUACCAAAUUCGAAAAAUUGAAUCGUGACUUGUUCAAAUCUACGAUAAAACUUAUUGAAAGAGUGCUAAGAGAUGCUAAACUCUACAAAGGACGAGUUCAUGAAAUUGUCUUGGUCGGUGGUUCAACACGCAUACCAAAGAUACAAAAUAUGGUAUCCGAGUUCUUUAAUGGUAAAACACCAAACAAAUCCAUCAAUCCUGAUGAAGCCGUUGCUAAUGGUGCUGCCGUUUAUGCUGCAAUGUUAUCUGGUGAUACUUCCGAAAAUAUUCAAGACUUGAAUUUAAUCGAUGUCAACGCUGACUUUGGUUUAUCUAUUGGUAUUAAAGCUACCGACGGUGCCAUGAAACCGAUUAUUAAGAGUAAUGACUCAUUACCUAUUCGGAGAACCGUAAUUAUAUCUACCUAUUUUGAUAAUCAAUCGGAAAUACCUAUUAAAAUUUAUGAAGGUAAAUAUGCCUGCACCAUAAAUAACAAUUUUCUUGCCGAAUUCGAAUUGUCCGGAAUUCCUCCCGCACCAAAAGGUACCCCGCAAGUAGAAGUCACCUUCGAUAUUGAUGUAAAUUGUACCUUAAAAGUAUCCGCGGUUGAUAAAAGAAUUGGAAGACCAAACAUGUUAACCAUUACGAUUGACGACGGUCGAUUGUCAAGGGAAGAAGUCGAACGCAUGAUUGCCGAAGUCGAGGAAUAUCGUGUAGAAGAGGAGAAAGUUGCACAAAAGUUACAAGCACGAAAUGAAUUGGAAAGUUGCGCACAUAGUUUACGUAACAAGCUUAAGGAACUUGAGGUUGCUAUCCAAGAAUCAAUUAUGUGGCUUGAAAAUAAUCAAGAAGCGGACAAGGACGAAUAUGUUAAGCAGCAGAAAUCACUCGAUGCAAUUGCGAACCUUACCGCGACUAGGCUUUGCUUAAAAACAACUGAAGAAGGGGAGCAAACAAUUGAAGUAGAUUAA